AUGGUUUCGCCAGAAAACGACAUCUCCUCGCAGGAGAAACACGCUGCGGAUUCUCGAGUGGCGAGCCUGGAGAAAGGGCGUUCUACUUCUUUAUCUUCCAACCCUGAAAAUGAGAAACCUCAGGAUCAGAACUCCGUUUCAGGGUCGACCGUGACUCCCUCAGCCGGCAAGAAAAAUGACCCCUCGCCAGCGUUAGCUGGGCAGAAGGUUGAUCUAGGCGACGAUGCUCUGUUUGCUCAUCUGCCAGAGCACGAGAGAGCGAUCCUGAAGAAACAGCUUGAUGCGCCCGACAUCAAGGUCUCAUUCGGUAUCUUGUACCGCUAUGCUUCCAGAAUGGACAUCUUCAUCAUCCUUGUUAGCACGAUUUGCGCCAUUAUUGCUGGUGCUGCUCUGCCAUUGUUCACGAUCCUAUUCGGCUCUUUAGCUUCGGCCUUUCAAAACAUUACUCUGGGAACCAUAUCCUACAGCGAUUUUUACCACCAGCUCACUAAGAAUGUUCUGUACUUCGUAUAUCUCGGUAUCGCAGAGUUCGUUACAGUCUACGUCAGCACCGUUGGUUUCAUCUACACAGGCGAACAUCUUACACAGAAGAUUCGAGAGCAUUACCUUGAGGCUAUCUUAAGGCAGAACAUGGCUUAUUUCGACAAACUGGGCGCCGGUGAAGUGACAACUCGUAUUACGGCUGAUACCAACCUGAUCCAGGAUGCCAUCUCCGAGAAAGUCGGGCUCACAUUGACCGCGCUUGCCACCUUUGUCACCGCAUUCAUCGUCGCCUACGUCAAGUAUUGGAAGCUGGCUCUGAUCUGUACGUCGACUAUUGUUGCCCUCGUCUUGGUCAUGGGAGGUGGAUCGCGGUUCAUUGUCAAGUACAGCAAGAAGUCCCUCGAGAGUUAUGGUGCAGGUGGAACAGUCGCGGAAGAAGUUAUCAGUUCCAUUCGAAACGCCACUGCUUUCGGAACUCAAGAUAAGCUCGCCAAACAGUACGAGACUCACCUGGCCGAGGCAGAGAAGUGGGGCAUUAAGCAACAAAUCAUCAUGGGCAUGAUGAUCGGCGGCAUGUUUGGUAUCAUGUACUCGAAUUACGGUCUUGGUUUUUGGAUGGGCUCCCGGUUCCUCGUCGAUGGAGAAGUGGGGGUGGGCCAGAUUCUGACCGUCUUGAUGGCCAUUCUAAUCGGUUCAUUCAGCUUGGGCAACGUUGCGCCGAAUGGCCAAGCAUUUACAAAUGGUGUGGCUGCAGCCGCCAAGAUCUACAGCACGAUCGACCGCUUGUCGCCGCUGGACCCCUAUUCAGACGAGGGCGAGAAACUGGAGAACUUUGAAGGAAACAUCGAAUUUCGGAAUAUCAAGCACAUCUACCCUUCAAGACCAGAGGUGACGGUUAUGGAAGAUGUCUCUUUGCUCAUGCCUGCAGGAAAGACCACCGCGUUGGUGGGACCAUCUGGUUCUGGUAAGAGUACGGUCGUUGGGUUAGUUGAACGCUUCUAUCUCCCUGUCGGUGGUAAAGUUCUGCUGGACGGUCGCGACAUACAAACCCUCAACCUCCGUUGGCUGCGUCAACAAAUUUCUCUUGUGAGCCAGGAGCCCGUCCUCUUCGGUAGUACAAUCUACAAGAAUAUCAGGCACGGCCUGAUUGGAACCAGAUUCGAGACAGAGUCCGAGGACAAGAUUCGUGAACUCAUUGAAAAUGCAGCGAAAAUGGCCAAUGCUCAUGAGUUCAUCAUGGCACUACCCGAAGGAUACGAAACGAAUGUUGGUCAGCGGGGAUUCUUGCUCUCUGGUGGCCAAAAGCAACGUAUCGCAAUAGCUCGCGCCAUAGUCAGUGACCCGAAGAUUCUUUUGCUUGAUGAAGCCACAUCUGCCUUGGACACCAAGUCCGAAGGUGUCGUUCAAGCCGCGCUGGACAGAGCCGCUGAAGGUCGGACCACCAUUGUUAUCGCUCACCGACUCUCCACCAUCAAGACGGCUCACAACAUCGUCGCCAUGGUCGGCGGAAAAAUUGCAGAACAGGGAACUCAUGAUGAAUUGGUUGAUCGCAAAGGUACCUACUUUAGCCUCGUGGAAGCGCAGCGCAUCAACGAAGAAAAGGAGGCAGAGGCUUUGGACGGUGACGCAAACAUGAACGCGGACGAUUUCGCCCAGGAAGAGGUCGCACGCAUUAAAACUGCAGCUAGUAGCUCAAGCUCCCUCGAUGAUGAAGACAAGCAUGUUCGUCUCGAAAUGAAACGGACAGGAACCCAAAAAUCCGUUUCGAGUGCUGUCCUUUCCAAGAGAGCUCCCGAGACGACCCGGAAGUACUCGCUCUGGACUCUGCUCAAAUUCAUCACUUCAUUCAACCGACCCGAGACUGGUUACAUGCUUAUUGGGUUGGUUUUCUCCGUCCUGGCUGGAGGAGGCCAACCUACACAAGCUGUUCUGUACGCCAAAGCAAUUAGCACGCUGUCAUUGCCCGAGACUAUGUUCCAAAAGCUCAGACACGAUGCAAAUUUUUGGUCUCUGAUGUUCUUCGUUGUCGGAAUUGCUCAGUUCAUCUCCCUCGCGAUCAAUGGGUCGGCAUUUGCUGUUUGUUCCGAAAGGCUCAUCCGUCGGGCUCGAAGCCAAGCGUUCAGGUCAAUCCUUCGCCAAGAUAUUUCGUUCUUCGACCGGGAAGAGAACAGCACCGGUGCCUUGACCUCUUUCCUUUCCACAGAGACCAAGCACUUGUCGGGAGUCAGUGGAGUCACUCUAGGAACAAUCCUUAUGACUAGUACCACUCUCGGCGCCGCGAUGAUCAUUGCCUUGUCUAUUGGAUGGAAGCUAGCUUUGGUUUGCAUUUCCGUUGUCCCAAUUCUGUUGGCCUGUGGUUUCCUCCGGUUCUACAUGCUUGCUCGGUUCCAGCAACGAUCAAAGACUGCCUACGAAGGCUCCGCAAGCUACGCCUGCGAAGCUACAUCUGCGAUCCGAACUGUGGCGUCUCUUACUCGGGAAGAGGAUGUAUGGGCCGUUUACCAUGGCCAACUUCAGAAUCAAGGGAAGAAGAGUUUGAUUUCCAUCCUGAAAUCCUCUCUGCUCUAUGCUUCCUCGCAGGCGCUUGUUUUCUUCUGCGUUGCUCUUGGAUUCUGGUACGGGGGUACACUCCUGGGCAAGCACGAGUACAGCAUUUUCCGUUUCUUUGUUUGCUUUUCCGAGAUCCUCUUUGGUGCGCAGUCGGCAGGUACCGUCUUUUCGUUUGCUCCCGACAUGGGCAAGGCCAAGAAUGCCGCUGCUGAGUUCAAGAAGCUAUUCGAUAGGAGACCGACCAUUGACAUUUGGUCCGAAGAGGGCGAAAAGCUCGAUUCUGUGGAUGGCGAGAUUGAAUUCCGAGAUGUGCAUUUCAGAUAUCCGACUCGUCCGGAGCAGCCUGUCCUGCGGGGAUUGAAUUUGAGUGUGAAGCCUGGGCAGUACAUCGCUCUUGUUGGACCUAGUGGAUGCGGAAAAAGUACCACGAUUGCUCUGCUCGAACGCUUCUACGAUACACUCGCGGGAGGGGUCUUUGUGGAUGGCAAGGAUAUUACCAAGCUCAACGUCAACUCGUACCGCAGCUUUCUCGCCCUGGUCAGUCAAGAACCAACUCUGUACCAGGGAAGUAUCAAGGAAAACAUCCUGCUCGGUGUCGACAAAGAUGAUGUCCCCGAGGAGGCUCUGAUUAAGGUCUGCAAGGAUGCCAACAUCUACGAUUUCAUCAUGUCACUUCCAGAGGGAUUUGACACCGUUGUUGGCAGCAAGGGAGGCAUGUUAUCUGGUGGACAGAAGCAACGAGUCGCCAUUGCCCGAGCUCUCCUACGUGAUCCUAAAGUUCUCCUUCUCGAUGAAGCCACAUCUGCUCUCGACUCGGAGUCCGAGAAGGUCGUGCAGGCUGCUCUGGAUGCGGCUGCCCGCGGCCGGACUACCAUCGCGGUUGCUCAUCGUUUGAGUACUAUCCAAAAGGCUGAUAUCAUCUAUGUCUUUGAUCAAGGCAAGAUCGUCGAGAGUGGAACACAUCAAGAGCUGAUCCGGAAUAAGGGCCGAUACUUCGAACUCGUCAAUAUGCAGAGUCUUGGAAAGACUCAGUAA